UCUUGACCGAUCUUGACGUCUUGGUAGCAUCCGAAAAGAUUAUUGAUAUUUUUCUUUUCGAGUUGUGUUUGGGUUGGGUGAAAAUUAGGUUUUCUUAUUCACUCUUGGCGGUAGAUCUUUCUGUUAUUUAGCAAAAGGGACUUAAUAUUAAUAUGGCAUUAAAUUAAACAAUAUGUGUUUUGCUUGCGUGUUUUAUCUGUCGAAAUGCUAUCACAGUCGUAGUUAUUAAAUGUUCGUUACGUGGGCUCUUUUGAGCAUAAUUAACAACCAACCACAAUGCCAGUACAGCAGAUAAGUGUGAAAAAUUCGUCGGAUAUUGAGAGUUGGGAAUGGGGUGGUGGAUGUGGCAGGGAAGCAAUACGCGCAGGGUCGGGAAGCAGCCAUACCUCUUGCAGCAACUCUAGUGGAGAUAUCUGCCGCAUUUGUCAUUGCGAGAGCGAAGCACACAAUCCCUUACUUGCGCCCUGUUAUUGUUCAGGUAGUCUUAAAUAUGUACAUCAGAGUUGCCUUCAGCAGUGGCUUACAGCAUCAGAAACAAGAUCCUGUGAGCUUUGUAAAUUCAACUUUAUUAUGCACACAAAAAUCAAGCCAUUCAAUGAGUGGAGGCUGCUGGAGAUGUCCGGUGUGGAGCGACGUCGCCUGUGUUGUGCGGUGUUGUUCCACUGCGUCGCGGCCCUCUGCGUUAUGUGGUCACUAUUCGUCCUCAUCGAGCGUGCGGUGGAAGAGGUGAACCGUGGCAUGAUAGCGUGGCCUUUCUGGACGAAGUUGGUAGUGGUAGCGGUGGGAUUCACCGGAGGAGCAGUGUUUAUGUACAUACAGUGCCGACAGUACCUGCAUCUGUGCAACCGCUGGCGGGCACAUAACAGAAUACUGUUGAUACAAAACGCGCCCGAGAAACUGGCGAUGGGUUCGCCGCCCGCGCGUCGUCGACGCGAGCGCAGCACCCGCGGCCAAGUGGUGGCCAGUGUGGAGCCGGCGCCUCCGCCCGCCGCCUUCCACGAGGAGGAUGAGAGUGGCGGCUUCGACACAUACCGGCCCAACCCGCACCGCCGUCUGUCCGCGCGCCCCGACGACGGGCAGCUUCGUGUGGAACAUGAAGAGACGCGGCGGUAUUCCGACACGCGGCUAGUUCAAGCCGCCCCGCCGGAUGAACCGCCCGCCUGUCCAGUUGAGGUUACGUGUGAACGAGAACAGGGCGGAGUGUAUCACAUCAGCGUAGACCCGCUAGAGGCGGACAUUCGCUCGUUGCUAGCCCUGGAGGCCAAGCGAGCGGCGAGAGCGGCCAAAUCCUUACCCAACUUACGCGCUAGUAGGGAGAGUCUCCUCCCCCAACUACCCCCCGCUCCUUUACCCGCUUCAACACCCUCUCCCCCCUCCUGAGGCCCGCCCCCGCCCGCGCCGCUGCUUCUGUACCGCGACGACACCGUCUACUGAAAUCCAAUACUGUUGAGGACUCGAUCGGUCCUCGGUCGGAGAGUAGAGCGAGCGACGCCGGGCCGCGUCUAGAACUGUAAUUUUAAUUAUGUAAUCACCUAAAGUUGUGUCUCGUUCAUGGACGAAUGCUAGGAAUACGAAGUGUUUUUGUGCCGCGUCAAAAUUAUUCAGUUUUUAUGGUGAAGCGUUUAUGAAAGUGAUUGUCGUGCCGGCAGCGCCAACACCGAUGCAGGAAGGGCAUUAGACGGUGACAGUCGAAGUAUGUGUGACCUCAGAACUUGAUUGACUUGUGUGUUUUUGUUUAAAAUUUCAACGAAUGGUUCCAGCGUAUUCGAAGCAAGUGAUAUAUGACAAUUAUUAAAUUUUGAUGUUUUAAGAUCUGAUAUGAUCUUUCUAAUUUUUUAUUAUUUACAAUUAAACUAAAUAUAUUAUGUAGUUUUUUUUUGUUAAUUGAACCUUUGGUACACUGAUACCUUUGGUCAUUUGACAAUGGAUUCUAAAAAAGCAGAUUCCUAAAUAAAAUCACUAUCUAGUUAUUUAUGAGAUUUGUUUCGAUCUCAAUACAAAUUCUUGUCUUUUUGCGAAGUUUUUUGUACUUCUUAUGUUUGUGUUGUGAAUAAAAACUACAAAUCGUCGUUGGUAUCAGUUAUAAUGUGUCAACCUAAUCGUUUUCAAUUGGAUUGGUGGAAAUCAAUGAAAGAUUUUGGCGGGCCAUGGCUUGUUUUCACUGUAUAAUACUGUCCAUAGAGAAAGCCGUGGCUCCAGUAGUGGUUACUUUAGUAGGUUGAUGAUGAUGGCUCACUUUUGCUAGUGUAAAAUACACCGUUAAUAACAUAUUUUUGACAUUAUUAAUACUUAUAAUUUUUUAUUAUUUUUAAAGCAUGUAACUGCUUGAUGUUUAUGAUUGAUUAUUGAUUAUUAAUACUGUUUUUUUAGAAAUCUGGUAGAUAAGAAAUAUCCAGUUAGAUAAUGAGAAAUAUCCAUACAUGACACUAGUCGUCCACGAAGUGAUAAAUAUUGAAAUUUGAUAAAAUAGGUAAUCCUUCACCCAUUAGAAAACAAUAUUGUUUUCUAGAGCUAAACAUUUUUUUUUCUCGUGUUGUAAAUUUAUGAUGUAAUAUAAAUAUGCGUAUACUAAAUAUAACGUCAGUCACUCCGUGUAUAUUUUAAAUAGAUUAAGUGGGCUAUAUUAUGUGGGUACAUGGAGAUUUCUCGAUACUGCGCACGCCCUUGGCAUAAUUCAUUUUGCGUACUUACUUUGUUUACAUAUCACGUUUCUGUAAAAUUUUAAUCAUCAUACUAUGUGUAAAUAAACGUUUUCGAUUAAAAUUAUUGUGAUUAAUAAGUGCAUGUAACGUCGACGCAUCUCCAAGAGUCUUGUGCGCUUAGAAAACUUCCAUUAUGUCCUAUUGUUUGUGGAACAUUGGAAAUGUAGUAGUGCCUUAUUUAGAUUUCAUAAUUCUUAAUUAUCUGUCUGAACAAUUUAUGAAGUACAAAAAUAUUUAUUAUGUUUUAUGUGUGAAUCCAUUGUUUUUCACAUUUACCAAUUAGCACGCAAGUUGUCUUGAGUCAAAGUGAGGUUAAUGAUUUUUGAGAUAUUAUCGCCUUUAUAGCUACGUUCAUAAGAGUAAAAAAUGGGCGUGUAAAUUACCUCAAAACAGCUACCAUACAGCAGGUUAUAGAGCUUGAGUGCUAAGAAGGUUGUAGAGACACGAAGUUUUCUGUGCACUAGACGAAACCCCCUAUAUAAUGUGAUAUAAGUUUUUAAGUCAUUUUUUUAUUAUGCUCAAAAUUUGUUUUAUCUCUUGAUCUGUACUUAUCAUUAAAGAAAUUUGUAAGACUGUAUUUAGUUUUUUUGUGUAACAUUGUUAAUUAACUUCAGGUUAUAUAAAUAUAGUUAUUUUGAGAAUCCUUGUUUUUUAUUUAUUUAUUAUUUCUAGUGGGUGACAAAUAAAACAAUAGGAUAGUUAAAAAUAAAUAUUUAAUUUUAAAUUGAUCGAAUUAAUAUUCGCGAACGCGACCAGAGCUCGGGUCGAUGUGACUAGACUGUACACUCAACAUUUUCCAUAAUAUAUACGUAAACAAUAUUAUUUCUGUACAAAACAGAAAAAUAACACUUAGUCAUAAAUAAACGUUACAUUUCUACUUAUAUGUAAAUAAUAAAUUAUAUAAAGCUAAUACUCGAGUAUUAGAUAAAUUAAAAUCCACCGAAAAAUAUAAACACACUGCCGGGAUACAAUAAGUGUAGCUUCCUAAAAUUAAUUUUGUUAGUCUUAUUUUCGUUUCUAAGUCGAAUAUUCGAUAGUUUUUUUUUUAUUUAGUUCGGCGCCACCGUCUAACCGCCUUAAAGCCGUGGGUAAAAUCAGUCAAUAACAGGCGUAAUAUAGCAAAUACACAUCUUGGUGACGUUGUUAUGAUAUUAGGGUUUCUUCGAUUUGAUAGUUGGACGGUAUCGGUGAUUUGCCAUUAUGUUGGGACUUGAUGGUGUGUGCUAGAACUCCGCGUCGCCGAGGACGUGGUACAUGAGGCGCUUGAACGAGUUGGAUUGCUGGAUGUGCUCUUCGUGUAGUGAGUUUACCUG